UUGACUUAUUGGCUUCUUGGAAAAGUCAGGAUUUUGUGACUUAUUGACAAAUUGGCUUUUCCCCCUCACAUACACCAUCUUUGCCAAACAUCAUUUUAGAGCUUAUGACUUUUCAAAAAGCCAAUAAGUCAAUAAGUUGUUUCAAAAAGCUUACCCAAACAUGCCCUAAGUCCCCUCCGCAACGCCAGGGGGAAAAUCAACUAGUUUGAUGAAAUCAGUAUUCUCCCGAUGAUGAAGCUUCUCCGGCGACCUCUCUCCCUACUCUUCUCCGCCUCUUUCUCCACGCUUCCGCCGGUUCCAUCACCAUCUUUAACAUUCUUGCAAUCCGUACUCAACCAAAUCAAACAUCUCUCAGCAAACCCAAAACACUACCCAUCUCUAACCACCUUAGACUCACUCCUAACCAAUACCCACAUGUUAAAUCCCGCUACGUCUCUCAUAAUAAUCGAUUACCUCACCCAAAUCAACAAACUUUCCAGAGCAAAAACCCUAAUCUCACACUUAAACUCAUCAGGAACCGUAAGUCAACCCUUUCUAUACAGUUUACUCUUCAGUUUCUUACUUAAAGAUAGUCCCAUUAAUCACAUUGAAUCUUUAUGGGCAGACAUUUGUGGGUCUGUAAAAAGAUUGAAUUUCUCCUUUUCAGAUUAUGUGAUUCUUGUUUGUAAGUUUGAUGAACUUAGUGAAGUUAAAGAUGUUUAUAACAGGAUUUUUAUGGAUGGUGGGAGUUAUUGUUUGGAGAGACAAAGUUAUGUUGCUUUAUCUGCAGCUUUGUGUAGUUUAAAUGAGGGAAUUUUAGCGAAAAAAGUUGUGAAUGAGAUGUAUGAUAAGGGUAUAGUUGUUGAUAAUUGGACAUACUUUUCGAUGUUUCGAUGUUUUUGUCGAAAUGGGGAUUUCGAUGAGGCGGAUUUGGCGUUGCGGAAGCUUGUUAAAAACGGGUUUGUUGUUGAUAUUUGUGUAUACGGAUCGUGGAUCGAUGGUCUUUGUAAAUACGGGAAGUAUCGUGAAGCCGAUAAGUUGUUUAGAAAGUUUUUAAAACGGGGUUCGGUGAAAAAGUUUGGAGAGGAAAAGAAAGUGUUAAAGGAGGGUAGACGAGCGAUUUUUCAGUUAAACUGCGAGGGUGUUGUUCCGGAACUAAUGGCGUAUGAGUGUUAUUUUCGUGCUUUGUGUAAUGCGAUGAAACUUGAUGAUGCGGAAGUUUUGUUGAAGAAGAUGAUGAGUGGUAGAGCUUUGCCGGAAACUUGUGUUUACGGGUCGUUUAUUAAGGCGCUUUUUCGAAGCGGUAGGGAUGAAGAUGCUAUGAAGUUUUUUAAAGUUCAAAGGAAAAAGGGGUUGGUUCGUGUUGAUGAAAUUGUUACGUAUUUAAUCAUGGGACUAUGCGAAAACGGGAAAAGUGAUGAUGCUUUAAGGUUAUUUGACGAGAUUUUGACGGUUAACGGUUUUGUAAACGGUUCAUAUGUUUGUAAUAUCAUAUUAGGCGGUUAUUGGAAGCACGAUGGUGUGUCGAAAGCGGAACUUUUCUUUGAGAGAUGGCGAUCGAAUGAAGUGAGGUACGGGAAACUUGACGUAACAAGUUACACUAUCAUGUGUAACGGAUAUUGUAGCGGGAAUGAUGUUCAAAAAGCGGUAAUGGUGUUUGAAGAAAUGUUGAAGAGGAAAAUGACGGUCAAUGGAGCGUUAUACGAGCGAGUUAUAAGAUUGUUAUGUGAUUGUGGUCGUGCAAAUGAAGCGUUUCGGUACUUCAAUGACAUGAUUGAAAAUGGGCAUUUGGUUUUCUGCAAGAGAUGGCGAACGAUCUUCCAAUCGGUUUUUAGUAUCGAAGGACAUCGUGUUUCAAUUGGAUGUUGAGGCGUAAAAUAUUGUUAACCAUAAUCAAUAACCGAAACUGUAAAUUAGCCGAAA